AUGGAGGAGAGCACAAUCGAUUGGGAUAAGGUGACAGCUAUGGACAAUGGGACCCUUCUUCAUUUUGCCAAUGAUCUAUAUGAAGCUCUUCAUCUCGAAUAAGCAAAAUCUGCAUAUCAGAUGUACCUCAAAAGAAACCCCAAAAACAUUGAAGCAUUAGAUCAAUACACGGAUUGUUUAGAAUAGAUGGGCUUGGUGGAGGAAUUACAACAAGCACUCACUCCAUACUUAAAUCAAUAAGACUUAAUCACUUCGUAUGAACAUUGUUACAAAUUAUUGUUUAAAUAUGCACAGACUCAAUAAGGAAAGCAGGCCAUUUAGAUAUAUGAGUAUGGAAUUUAACUGGCUUUACAGAGGAAUGCAUCCAAGAGGGAUAUAGGCGAUGCUUUUGCUGCCAUAGCUGAAGUUUAUUAAACUGAUUUAUUAUAAUUCAAAGAGUCAGAAUAAACUUGUAUUGAUGCAAUAAAUAAUGCUUUCAAACAUGAUCCUUUGAAUUUAGAUGCAUUUCUGCAAUUGGCUAAUUUUCAUCUCAAUAAAGAAGAUGAUGAAGCUGCCAAAAAAGACUUAAGAGUUAUCUAUGAAAAGCUGGUAGUUGAGAUGGAAGAAUAUGACGAGGACUUUAUAUUACAAGUUGGUAAAUUAUUAGUGGAAGUGGAAUUAUUUGACUAAUCAAUUAAAAUAUUGAGAAUGUUAGUAGAGAGAAAUGUUGAAGAUCCAGAAAGUUUAUAUAUGUUGGCUUUUGCAUUGUGGAAGGCAUAGAAAUAUGAGGAGAGUUAAAAAAUAGUGAAUGGAAUUCUUCAAUUGCCUGAUGCUAAGGAAGAUUAGGAAAUUUGGACAGCUACAUUAGAAUUAAAAGAUCAAUUGGAAAAAGAAACAUGGAUGGAUGUUGAAGAUGAGGAACAAAAUGAUUUGUAAAAAUUGUAACAACUUGAAUGAUUUUCUUUUUUAUUAAUGUUUUA